AUGGCACGGGCAAAUAUUUCACCAUGGCGAGUUACGUGGCAGGCGCGUAAAAUUUACUAUCAAUGUCGGGUGAGAAUGAUUUACAAGGUAGUUAAAACCGCUAUCUAUGUUCCUGUGUCCGAUCGAAGGCACAACGGUAAAAUUAACCGCGAGUAUUCCUGCUUGAAGUCUAAUGUUUGAUUACUUGAGAAAUUCGUGGAAAAUUCAUUUUUCCAAAUAAUCGAUACCAAAAAGUAUUUGCACACUAGUAUUUGUCAUAACAUUUAACUUAACAGUGCUUGAUUGGAUUAACACUAGAACUACCAAAAAAUGGUCAAAAUGAUGAAUUCAUAAUUUUUUUAGAGUAAUUUUGCGAGCUCACAACGUUGCGUUGUUUAGAGAUUCGAAUGAUUUUUGUAAAAUAUGCGAAUGAACGUUUGUGCUCGUUAUCGUACAAACCUUUCCCUAUUCCUCAGAUUCUAAUUUCUUUGACACAAUUUUUAUACUUUAGUCGUUGGCAAUUCUAGUGCUGAGAUUCGCAUCGUUUGAUUGUAUUUAAUUAUAAAUAUUGUAUAUUAUAAAUUUUACUUUAUAAUUAUAAUUAUGAGAAAUCUCAUUGGAAAGUAAGUACUGUGCAAUACUUUUUAUAUAUUUGAGAAAACUCUGAAUCCUGGAAAUUGGAAUAAACAUCGGUUCUAAUUGAACAUUAAGAAUUCCAGACUGCCUAUAAGAACUUCACUACGAAUUUUUUUCAAAAAGCUCAACAUUACUUUAAUGCCCAUCAUUAAAUCUUAUCCCUUAAAAGAAACGAGUAGGAUUAAAAUAACAAAAGGAUUCGAAAUUUUUAGACGGCAGAAAGGGAUGCAACAAGAACGAGACAACUCGAAUCGUCUUUGAAAUCGAAUCGUCCGACAACGAAAGCCGAAAACACGAAAGAUCUGGCAAAGAAAAUUAAUAAAAAUUCCCCGAAGAGAAUUGGUUCUAAAACCAAUUGGUUGCCAGAAACUGAAAGUAACACUGUCAAUACUUUAAAUUUCAACACAUUAAAUUCUUCAAACCACAAAUCUAAUGAAAAUUCAAAUUUCAAUGAAAAUACUAGUGAAAAUGAAGUCGAAAUAUUUGAGACACUGGAGAAUCAUCGAGAAGGGGCUGUGAUCGAACGUUUGAGACGUUCAUUAGUCGAAAGAUCUGGUCACGUAGGGGAACAAGUCCCCUCUUCACAGAGAUUCGAUCGUCAUCCAAAUCUGAGUUACGAGGAACGACAAAAACAGUUGAAUCACACGAUGCAACCAAGAAAUAGAAAUCAGGAUUUCGGAGCUGCGACGAUGGAUAAACGACCUGAGAAAUUCGAAUCACCUUCUUCGAAAGAAACGAACAAACGUAGUUACGUUUCUGUCUUUUCCAAUUGCGACGAUACGCAAAGUAUCGAGACGAAUGAUUCAAACGGAAAUAGAGAAGAAAAUUUCAAAGGCGAUAGUGAUGGCGAGAUGAUUGAAAAUUUACGAAAUGAUAAGGACAUGUCGAAUAAAAUGUCUCACGAUGUAAAUAAAUCUCAAAGCUCGAUUAAACAGAAGAACAGAAAUAUCACAGUGACAGAUCAGAGUAAUAGAGAAAAAGAUGUUUCAGAGGAGAUUGAAAAUUUACAAAAUGACAAGAACGUGUUAAAUGUAACGUUUCGAGAUGUGGAUAAAUUACAGAGUUCGAUCAAGAAAGAAAAAGAGGAUAAAAAUUAUAUCAAUAUACGGGAUCAUCAGACGAAUGUCGAAAAUUUUAAAAUGUCUUCCGAUAUUCCAGAAUACGAUCCAAACAAAAUUCCAUAUGUCGAGGUACCAGAUUACUCCGACAUUAGAGAAGAAUAUUUAGACGAGGAGGAUCGCAAGGUGAACGAACAGAAGAAGAUGGAAGGAAAAACUGACUCUGUUGAUCCGGAAGUAUCUAUCGAUUUCGAAGAAUUGCCUGAGAAAGGAUCUUCGAGCAACGAUCCUUCCGAGGAAACUUUUGAAAUUAAGCCUUCAAAAACUUCGGAGGAAAGCUCGAGCGAAGAAAGCAAUUCUUCUUCAAACAGCAACGAGAUGGACAAAAGUAAAGCUAACGGAAGCAAUUCGAACGUUUCAAAUUUGAAAAGGUUUUCAAGCGCUGAAAGACUUGUCUUCGACGAAGACAAGAGCGACGAAAACGACUCGGACUUGACAAGUUUGAACAGAUAUUCAAACGCUGGUCAACGGGAUAGAAACGACGAGAAUAAAUCGUUGGAAAGUUCACGAUUCGGACAGAGUUCGGAACGUGAACCGUCGACGGAUUUCGACGAGUCUUUUGAGUUCUUCGAACUUGAAGAGGAAGAUGAAAGGAAACUGGUUCCAACGAAAGAUUCGAAGGAUAAUUUGAACAACGCCAAGUUCCUCAAGGAACAAGAAUCUGAAGAAACUUCGCGCGAAGGCGACUCUGAAAGUCAAUCGGGGCCCAUAAUUUUCGAGUACACGAACGAGUACAGGAAGCCGUUCGAUCUAGACGAAUUUCUUAAGGACGAUCCGAUAAUGAAAAAGUUGAAGCCGCUCGAAAAGGAGACGCGGACCAAGUACGGAGUGAACGGGAAGCGAGUUCCGAGCGACUUCAACGAAUCCGAAAGUGAUAAUGCGACGUUCAGGGUACGAGCGAACGGCCGGACGACAUCCGCGCAACUUCCAGACACUUUCGACGAUCUAUCAAAAUCGUACGAGUCGAGUAAUUUCGCCGAUACGUUCGCAAUGAUCGACGAAGAAAAGAACAGCGACGAUGAUUUUGCGAGACUCUUUGGAGACGACGAGAGAGAUUUUGAAAGAAGAAAAAAUAAUUAUAAUCGGGACGGAGGAGCUAAAAACGAGAGGGAAAAAGAAGAAAGGAACGAAGACUCGAACGAGGGAAAUAGCGACGGAGAUUCUUGGAAAUUUAACGUUAAAGCGGAUGAGGCUGAUAAAACAGAGAGACACAAGGGAUACAAAAUAGAGAAAAAGAGGAGAAACACGAGAAACAGAAAUCUUGACGAUUUUGGUGAUUUGUUGAAUAUUUUCAAAAGACAGGAGGAAAAUGUUCCAACUGGAUACAAAAACGAGGAUAUCGGGAACCUGCACAAAGACACGAAAAAUCAUGGAACGAAGAAUACCAGAGGCAAAGAAGACCAAGUUUCGCGAAUGGACGACGACCAAAGGAUCAAAGACAGGAACGCGAUUGGUUACGGAAACUUCUGGUCCUUAGAACAUAAAUCUCCAGUGACGAGAGUCGACAUGGAGGCACAAGAAAGGAGGAAAUAG